AUGGCGUGUCGAGAAAGCUUGAAAGUCAACGACUGCAUCUAUCGUUUUGUCGCUAAAGAGGGGAAUGGGCGCUCUGAACUUCAGAGGUUCGAUGACCCUGAGCUAGACCAUGUUGAAAAUUUUCAGUAUGAACGAUUAUCGAGCAACACAAAAAGCAUCCGUCUUCUACGUCUCAAGCCCGCUGCCUCAACUGUUCAUCAGAUCGAUUGUCAACUCAUUGAGGCAGACUAUGACAACGCAUUCCAUAUACUAACAAAACCCCGUAUCCUUGAAAAAAUGCGCGAAGAGAAGGCCGAGGCAUAUAAGAAAUAUAGAAGAUUAGGCACAAAAGAGGAAAGGCCUAUCUAUAAGGAGUUCGAGAAAGAAUGGAAAGACAAAGAGUAUAAGAUCGUUUCAGAAAAUCGGAUCGAAUACGAAGCGAUAUCAUGGUGCUGGGGUGAGGAACGAGAGGAAUACGCGAUCCGAAUUGAAAGGGGCGAGAAAUCAUUUAAGAGGACCAUCAAACGAAACUUGGCAUUGGCAUUGAAGCAUUUACGGCGCGCAGACGAAACUCGAACCAUCUGGAUCGAUUCGAUGUGCAUAAAUCAACGCAAUGACAUCGAGCGGAACCAUCAGGUCCAGAUGAUGUCAAGAAUCUACACUCGCGCAGAUCAAGUAUGCAUCUGGCUUGGACAGGCCGACGGUGAAAGCGGUUUGGCAAUCCGGUUUAUCAAGGAAGAAAUCAUGGUACUGAAAAACUUCGACGCCAUUUGCUCCGACAAGAAAUACACGCACAAAUGGCGAGCAUUGAUGGUACUCAUGCAACGACCAUGGUUCUCGCGUCGCUGGAUGAUCCAAGAGAUUGCUUUAGACCGAAAGGGGACUAUUUACUGCGGUUCUGACCAAAUCUCCUGGAGCGACUUCGCUGUGGCCGUUGAGCUGUUUGUUGAAGUGGAAACAGCAACGCACCGGCUGUCUGAAGUAAUGCAAAAAGAUGAAAAAUUUCGUCAUGUUCCGGGAUGGUUUGAACAUGUAUCUGAACUUGGAGCCAGCCUUCUGGUUCAGGCUACCAGCAAAGUGUUCCGAACGCAGAAAGUUGUUAGAUUUCCCCAGGAUAUCAUCGAAGAAGAAUUAUUGAAAAAAUCAUCCAGUAUAUCACCUAAGGAGCCAUCUGGCGGAUCAUCCAGGGAAUCGCCUAGUAAAUCACCUGAAGGCCUGCCUAGCGAACGGCCCAGCGAACUAGCCAAUCAAUAUCCGAAUGAACAACAUGAAAAAGCACCUGAUCUCCCGACGAUCGACCCCUUGGAGAGACGCAGCUUGUUAGGUCUGCAGUACUUAGUAACCACUAUAUUUAUCUUCCAGACCUCAGAACCUCGGGAUGUUAUAUACUCUCUUCUAGCCAUAGCCAGAGACGCUUCACCAUCUGUCGAAGACUCGGCCUUGAAAGAUGAAAACUACAAGCUUUUCAUGCGAACCGGCCUCUCCUCAUUCCUUGAAGAGAAGCCAUUUAGGGUUGAUUACUCUAGGCCAUAUACUGAUGUUUGUCGAGACUUUGUGGAGUUUAGCAUUUGCCGUGCAUACCGAUUAGACCCUGUACAAGCUCUAGAUAUUCUUUGUCGUCCAUGGGCCCUCGAACAACCUAAAAAUAGAUCUAUCCGUUUGGCAAAAGAUCCAGUAUCGACUAAAGGAAAAGGGCGGACCAGAGAGCCCAAGAGAGAUGGUUGGACGAUGAAACACAGAAAAUACGAAUAUAUUUUCGGCAGAUGGGAAGAAAAAACGAAUGACCAAAGCCCUAUAUGGACGGAGCGGGAAAGUUGUGGUGGAAACGUUGGCCGAGAAAAGAAAAAAAAGCGAGGAUGGGAGCCAGGGCAACAAUACAAAGAAAAACACUUUCCUGAUCUCGCGAAACUGGAGAAACGAAAAUCAAGUCCCGAUCCCAGGUCCUAUGGUGCCUCAGAAGCAAAUACUAAGAACUAUACGGAGAAUGCCGAUCUGCAACUUCCGUCUUGGAUACUUCGAGCGUCUUCGGCGCCAUUCGGAUUGUUCCACCACCCAGGAAUGAAUAUUCAAAAAACAGGUAGGAUAAACGCUGACCCACUUGUCGGUGCCCCUGAAGAUGGACACAGAAAUUAUAAUGCCAAUCAAACACAAAGCGUAGACAUGGCGGCUCUAAAGUUCCGGAAAAGGCCUCCUCUUUUGCAUUAUAGCCUUCUUGUCAAGGGAUUCGUAUUCGACGAAGUCGUAAAGGUAACAGAUGCCUCGCAAAAUGGAUCUAUCCCAGCAACUUGGCUUGAACUAGGUGGUUGGAAGGACCCCCAGCACAAGGAUCCGCCUGAUGAGUUCUGGAGGACUCUGGUUGCAGAUCGGGGCAAAGACAACCGAAAUCCGCCAUACUACUACUCUAGAGCGUGUAGAGAGUCAGCCAUGAAAGGAGGACUGCGAAGUGGAGGUAUAAAUACGAUAGCCCUCAUUAACGACGAGCGAAAUUCAAUUAUUUCUGAGUUUUGCCGACGGGUUCAGGCCGUUAUCUGGAAUCGCCGACUGUUCAAAACAAAGGGCGGUGUUCUAGGGCUUGCAUCGAGUGAGGUUAGCAAGGGAGAUAAAGUUGGGAUCAUUUACGGUUGCACAGUACCCGUCAUUCUGAGAAAAAGCACAAAGAAAACAUCCAUAGAGGUUGAUAGAGAGGAGUUUGAUGAUGCAGUGGAAAGCUUAAGGGAGUGAUUAAGCGGUGCGAACAAAAAAGGAUUCAGAAAUUAAAAGCCCGCGAUGAUUCGGAGGAGAAGUUGAAAGAGAAAAGAGAAAUAAUAGAGUUGACGAAAAAAAUAAACACGAUGGACAGACAGAUUCAAGAGGCAGAAAACUCAUUCAAACGGCAAAUUAAAAAAAUACGGAAUGGAGACGAUGCGCAAAAAGAUAAAGGGAAAAUAGCACAGAUCGUGGAAAAACAAAACAAAGCUAAGGAUGAAGACCCUUGGUAUUAUUACAAUCUCAUAGGGGAAAGUUAUGUUCACGGUAUGAUGGAUGGCGAAGCGGUGAGGAACAAGUUUUAUCGUGACCUUCCAGAUCACACACUUGAGUUGAGGUAAGACUAUAAUCCAGAAGAAAGAUGUAAAUAAAGAAUUCUAUAUAAUAUUUGGAGUGAGUGC